AUGUAUUCAUUUAUAUUAUUUCAGAAUGCGAUACUUAGUCGGAGUAAUAAAGAAGAAGAUGUCAAUUAUGACGAAAUAGGAAUGGAUGAAAGCAGUGAGUGCCAUGAUCAAAACUUCGAGGACUUGCGACAUUCAGAGGCUCACUUGUUCAAGAUUUCACUGCACAGAACGGAUUCGUAA